AGGGGCGGCCCGGCCCCACGGACGGACGGACGGACGGAGGGACGGACGGCGCGGCUCGCAGCCCCAUGGCUCUGGAUUUAUAAACACGGCGCAGAUGGCGGGGCCGCGUCCCCGCGCCCAGCGCUGCCCCGCCGGCCGCUGAGACGGGAGCGGCGGCGGCGAUGGGGGGCGGCAGCUGCCGGCGGGAUUAGCUUGUGGCCUGGAAAAUGAGAGAAAAUUGAUAGUGAGGGCUGACUGACAUKUGGAGAGAGCUAUUGCGUGACGUGGGAAGCACACACACRAUGAAGAGGAGCUCUCGGCUCUCCUAAUCCUUCUCUGACAAUUUGGAAGCAGCAGCAGCACCCGCCGCUGCCGCUCUCCCGACAUGUCUGGCUCCACGCAGCCCGUGGCGCAGAGCUGGCGCGCGGCCGAGCCGCGGUACCCGCCGCACGCCAUGUCCUACCCGGUGCAGAUUGCCCGACCACACGCGGACGUGGCGCUGUUGGAGUACCAGCAUCAUUCCAGGGAUUUUGCUUCCCACCUCCCGCCGGGGUCGAUCAUGCAGCCGCAGCGGCGGAGGCCGUCCCUGCUCUCCGAAUUCCAGCCAGGCAAUGAAAGAGCUCAGGAGCUGCACCUGAGAACCGAGGGCCAUUCCUAUCUCUCUGACCUGACCAAGCCAUCRGACUUGGAGUUCAUUGAAACCAAGAGGCCACGCCUGGAGCUGCUGCAGGACCCUCUGCUGAGGCACUCACCCCUCCUGAGCCAGAGCCAGCAGGGAGGCACCGAGGAUCUCUCCAAGGAUCGUGGCCUGCCUGGCAAGCUGGAGCCCGUGUCRCCCGUGAGCCCGGCUCACCCUGACGCCGAGCUGGAGCUGCUGCCCGCCCGGCUGUCCAAGGAGGAGCUGAUCCAGAACAUGGACCGCGUGGACCGCGAGAUCACCAUGGUGGAGCAGCAGAUCUCCAAGCUGAAGAAGAAGCAGCAACAGUUGGAGGAAGAAGCAGCCAAACCACCAGAGCCUGAAAAACCCAUCUCUCCCCCUCCUAUCGAGUCCAAACAUCGCAGCUUGGUGCAGAUCAUCUACGACGAGAACAGGAAGAAGGCGGAGGCUGCCCACCGGAUCCUGGAAGGACUGGGUCCKCAGGUGGAGCUGCCGUUAUACAACCAGCCUUCAGACACCAGGCAGUACCAUGAAAACAUUAAAAUAAACCAGGCAAUGCGGAAAAAGUUAAUUUUGUACUUUAAGAGGAGAAAUCAUGCRCGCAAACAGUGGGAACAGAAGUUUUGCCAGCGCUACGACCAGCUGAUGGAGGCCUGGGAAAAAAAAGUGGAGCGCAUCGAAAAUAACCCCCGGCGGCGUGCCAAAGAGAGCAAAGUGCGGGAAUACUAUGAGAAGCAAUUCCCGGAGAUCCGGAAGCAGCGCGAACUGCAAGAGCGCAUGCAGAGGUUAGAGGAGAAGCGCAGGGUAGGACAGAGGGGCAGUGGCGGGCUCUCCAUGUCAGCCGCCCGCAGCGAGCACGAGGUGUCAGAAAUCAUCGACGGSCUCUCGGAGCAGGAGAACCUGGAGAAGCAGAUGCGCCAGCUCGCCGUCAUCCCGCCCAUGCUCUAYGAUGCUGACCAGCAGCGCAUCAAAUUCAUCAACAUGAACGGCCUCAUGGACGACCCCAUGAAGGUCUACAAGGACCGGCAGGUGAUGAACAUGUGGAGCGAGCAGGAGAAGGAGACCUUCAGGGAAAAGUUCAUGCAGCAUCCCAAGAACUUCGGCCUGAUCGCGUCCUUUCUGGACAGGAAGACGGUGGCUGACUGCGUCCUCUAUUACUACCUGACCAAGAAGAAUGAGAAUUACAAGAACCUCGUAAGAAGGAAUUACCGGCGGCGCGGCAAGAGCCAGCAGCAGCAAAUGCCCCGGAGCAGCCAAGAAGAGAAAGAUGAAAAGGAGAAAGAAAARGAGAAGGAGGGAGAGAAGGAGGAAGACAAGCAGGAGACAGAAAAUGACAAAGAAGAACUGACAAAGGACAAGAACGACGACACAUCCGGAGAAGACAACGAUGAGAAGGAAACGGUCACCUCCAAAGGUCGCAAAACCGCCAACAGCCAGGGCCGGCGCAAGGGCCGCAUCACCCGCUCCAUGGCCAACGAGGCCAACAACGAGGAGGCAGCCACACCACAGCAGAGUGCUGAGCUGGCUUCCCUGGAAAUGAAUGAAAGCUCUCGCUGGACCGAAGAGGAGAUGGAGACGGCUAAAAAAGGUCUCCUUGAGCAUGGGCGGAACUGGUCGGCCAUUGCCAGGAUGGUGGGCUCCAAGACCGUGUCGCAGUGCAAAAACUUCUACUUCAACUACAAGAAGAGGCAGAACCUGGAYGAGAUCCUACAGCAGCACAAACUGAAAAUGGAGAAAGAAAGGAACGCCAAGAGGAAGAAGAAAAAAGGCGCCGCCGUUCAGAACGAAGAAGCCGCCUUCCCUCCCGCAGCUGAGGACGAGGAGAUGGAGGUGUCUGGGACRAGCGGCAACGAGGAGGAGAUGGCAGAGGAGGCGGAAGCUGCAGUAAAUAACAGCUCCGACACCGAGAGCAUUCCCUCGCCGAGGCCCGAAGCCAAAGAAGGAGGCGAAAACGGGGCCAAGGCACCACCCGGGCCGGGAGGUGACGCCGGCACAGAACCGGCAGUCAAGUGGGAAGAGGCUCCAACAUCCCCCGAAGCUCCCCCUGCUCCCGCUGCCAACCCCGCUCCUGCCUCCAGCCCCCCGCCGGACACCGCUCCAGAGCCGCCCGGCGCCGAGGAGAAGGUGCCCGACGACCUGGUGGUGGACGUGGUGAAAACGGAGGAGCCGGAGGAGAAGGCGAGCGAGGAGCCCUGCAAGAGCGAGGUGAAGAAGGAGGAGAGCGAAGAGAGCCAGGAGAAGGACAAGGGGAAUGACAAGAAGGUGGAAAGCGGCGUCAGCGGCGCGGGGACGGCGGGGCCGGAGGGGACGCCCAAGGCCGAGAAGAAGGAGAGCAGUAARGGCAGCAAAGGAGCCGGGGUGAACCCCGACAGCGACUCGAGCGCRACCUGCAGCGCCGACGAGAUGGACGAGCAGGAUGCUGUGGACAAGAGCAGGCUGCUGUCCCCCAGGCCCAGUCUGCUCAACGCUGCCAGCGACACCAGGCUCAACUCGUCACCGCAGAAGCCGCUGGACCUGAAGCAGCUGAAGCAGAGAGCUGCUGCCAUCCCUCCCAUCAUUUCCGAAGGUUUCUCAGAGGGGAUUUUGCAGAGUGGAAGCACGAAGCCUCAGGUGCCUCCCCACGCCUUGGCUCUGUACCAGCAGCAGAUCACAAAAGCCCACGAGUCUGCCCGGGAGGACGUGCCCCCGAGCAAGCUGUCGCAGUCCCAGCAGCAGCAGGAGAAGGAGCAGCAGCAGCCCAGCAGCAGCCCCAGGGGGAAGAGCCGGAGCCCCGCCGUGGGUGACAAGGAAGAAAAGUCCGUGCAUUUCUCAGCCAUYGCAGAGGCUCAGAAGCUGAUCCCAGAGUCGAUGGCUGCCUCGUGCUGGCCCCCUGUUCUCUCCUACCCCCGGGAUGUGAUCAAAACUUCUCCCCAGGCAGAGCCCCACUUGUUCCAGUAUAACCCACCAGGACACCCCAUCCCGCUGAACCUGCAUGAGAGCUCUCGCUCAGGGCUGCAGAGACUAGCCAGCAUCUCCAACCCUCCUCCCCUCAUCUCCUCCACCAAGCACCCCUCCGUGCUGGAGAGAUCCGUGGGAUCCAUUUCCCAGGGAAUGCCCAUCCAGCUCCACACACCCUACAGCCCCGAGCACGCCAAGGUCCCCGUCGGUUCCAUCACCAUGGGCCUGCCUCUAACCAUGGAUCCCAAGAAACUGGUGCCUUUUCCUGGAGUAAAGCAGGAACAACUUUCUCCUAGAAGCCAGGCCAGCCAGCCAGAGAGUCUGGUUCUGCAGCCRUCCCAGGAGGGCUCCAUCCUGCGGGGUACUUCCCUCAGCUCUGCCUCGGGAGGAAGCAUCACCAAAGGAACACCCACAUCCAGACCCCCUCCGGAGUCGCCCAUCACCUACCGAGGGUCCAUCACACACGGCACCCCGGCAGAAGUGCUGUACAAAGGAACCAUUACCAGGAUAAUCGGAGAAGACAGCCCCAGCAGAGCCGAGAAGGCGAGGGAGGAUGCCGUGCCCAAAGGACAUGUCAUCUACGAAGGGAAGAAAGGCCACGUGCUGUCCUACGAGGGUGGAGUUGCUGCUUCCCAGUGCCCCAAAGAGGACAGCAGGAGCUCGGGAUCCUCCCACGAGCCCACGGGAACGAAGCGCACCUAUGAUAUGAUGGAGGGGAGGAUCAGCCGGGGCUUAUCAGCACGUGAUACCUUAUCUACCAGCAUUGAAGGUCUCAUGGGUCGAGCGAUCCCUCCAGACCGGCACAGUCCCCACAGCCUGAAGGAGCAGCAUCACAUGCGGGGCUCGAUCACACAAGGAAUACCUCGGUCCUAUGUGGAGGCCCAUGAGGACUACCUCAGGAGAGAAGCCAAACAGCUCAAGAGGGAAAACACUCCACCAAGGGACUUAUCUGAYGCCUACAAGGUCAGAUCUCACGAGGGCCUUACUCCUCUGAAAAUGAAAUCAGCCCACGAAGACCUGGUAGCCACGGUGAAAGAAGCAGGAAGAUCAAUCCAUGARAUCCCCCGGGAUGACCUGAGGCGGACACCGGACAUCUCUCUGACGAGACCKCUGAAGGAAGGGUCCAUCACGCAGGGUACCCCAAUGAAGUACGACAGCGGCUCAUCCUCCUCRAGUACCAAAAAGCACGAUGUGCGCUCCAUCAUCGGCAGUCCCGGCAGGACUUUCCACUCUGUGCACUCUCUGGAUGUCAUCCAAGACCCGAGGAACCUGGAGAGAGCCUACGAAGAGAGCCUGAAAAACAGGCCAAGCCCUGUGACAAACUCGGGUGGCUCCAUCGCCAGAGGAGCUCCUGUGAUCGUACCCGAGCCGGGCAAGCCCCACCAAAGUGCCCUGGGCUAYGAGGACCACCAGGCAGGGCACAGCACGGCCUUCAGCAGCCACCUGCACAGAGGGUCUCCGGUGUCCACGCGCGAGUCCACGCCGCGGCAGCACGAAGGGAGCAUCACUGCUGGGAAGCCGGUGUCCCAGGACAGAAAGAUCACCCCCACAUCGAGAGAGCUCACCAACUCCAAGUCCCCGCACGCCCCCGUGCCCGACCACCACCACCCCAUCUCCCCGUACGAGCACCUGCUCCGCGGCGUGAGCGGCGUYGACCUGUACCGCGGGCACAUCCCGCUGCCCUUCGACCCCGCCGCCAUCCCCAGGGGAAUCCAACUGGAAGCAGCUGCUGCUUACUACCUGCCCAGGCACCUGGCUCCGAGCCCCACGUACCCACACCUGUACCCCCCGUACCUCAUCCGGGGCUACCCGGACACGGCCGCCAUGGAGAACCGCCAGACCAUCAUCAACGACUACAUCACGUCGCAGCAGAUGCACCACAACGCGGCAGCCACGGCCAUGGCGCAGCGGGCAGACAUGCUGCGCGGGCUGUCACCCCGGGAGCCCUCCCUCGCCCUCAACUAUGCAGCAGGCAUCAUCGACCUGUCCCAAGUGCCACACCUGCCCGUCCUCGUGCCCCCUACCCCUGGCACCUCUGCCACCACCAUGGACCGCAUCACCUACAUCCCUGGACCCCCCCAGACCUUCGGCAGCCGGCACAGCAGCUCCCCGCUCUCCCCAGGAGGGCCCACGCACAUGACCAAACAGUCAGGAUCAUCGGUGUCGGAGCGGGAACGGGAGCGCGAGCGAGAGAGGGAGCGUGAAAAAUCCAUCCUGGCCUCCACCACGGUGGAGCAYGCACCCAUCUGGAGACCAGGUACGGAGCAGUCCAGCAGCCGCUCGUCCUCCCACUCCCACAGCCACCAGCACUCUCCCGUGUCACCCCGCACCCAUGAGACCAUCCAGCAGCGCCCCAGCGUGCUCCACAACACGAGCAUGAAGAUCAUCUCCUCGGAGACCCCCACCCCUUCCGUCCUGCGAUCCUCCUCCACCACUACCACGUCACCGAUCCGCUCUGCCGCCUUCCCCUCGGCCUCCAGCCUGCGCUCCUCCCUGGGCGCGCCCGACGGCUACGCGGCCCCGCUGGACCCGGCCGUCCUGCACAAGGAGGCCUCGAGGGCAAGGGAGGCCAAGGCAGAACGAGCCCAGACUGACAACAACGUCUACACCUCAAAGCUGCCCAGCGGGGCCAACCUSGAGCAGUCGCCUUCGCCCAUCAAAGCCAUGGAGUCGAGACCCUUGGCCGCCUCCGGAGCCGGCUCUUCUCAUCACUACRGCAGAGGACAGGGGAAAAGCCAGCAGCACCACCACCCUCUGGACCAGCAGCACACAGCCUCGGGCUCYGAGCAGCACAGCAGAGAAAAGAGUCAGAGUAAACGCUUUUCCGUGCAGGAACAGGAGCUCCGAGCACUUGGCUAUCAUGGAGGUUACAGCCCCGAGCGGAUGGAAGCAGUGAGUCCCGUGAGCUCGCCCAGCCUGUCCCACGARAARGGGGCCAAGCUGCUGCAGGACACAGAGAAGGGGCACGGGGAGCACGACCCCAGGCAGAAACAGCAAGGCUCGCUGAAGGCCUCGGCCCCCGAAGCUGCCCACCUACAGCACCUGCGGCAGCCCGACGGCCCCCAGUGCCAGCCCCUGCAGUCCAGCCAGAGCGUCAAGGGCAUGAACCAGCGCGUGGUCACGCUGGCCCAGCACAUCAGUGAGGUCAUCACGCAGGACUACACGCGGCACCACCCGCAGCAGCUCAACUCGCACAUCCAGGCCCCGGUGUACUCGUUCCCCGGGGCGGCGUGCCCGGUGCUGGACCUGCGCCGCACGCCCAGCGACGCCUUCCUGCAGCAGCAGCAGGAGCACGCCGCGGCCGCGCGCAUCUCCCCGCACAGCGAGGGCGGCAAGAGGUCCCCGGAGCAGGCCAAGGCGGCGGCCGGCGGGCCGGACAGCUGCAUCGAGCCCGUGUCCCCACCCGACGGCGCGGGGGAAGCGGAACACGCCAAGAGCGCCCCGUACCCCGUCCUGUUCCGAGAGGGAGAGCCCAUGGACCAGAGGAUGGGGUCCAAGUCCCCAGGAAACAACACCCAGCGCCCAGCUUUCUUCAGCAAGCUGACCGAGAGCAACUCUGCCAUGGUGAAGUCCAAGAAACAGGAGAUCAUCAAAAAGCUCAGCACGACCAACAAAAACGAGACGGAGUACAAUGUUGGGCAGCCUGGGACGGAGAUUUUCAACAUGCCAGCGAUUACUGGAGCAGGGCUAAUCAGUUGUAGGAGCCAGUCGGUCCAAGAGAAUUCCAGUACCAACAUGGGGUUGGAGGCAAUAAUUAGGAAAGCCCUAAUGGGUAAAUAUGACGAGCAGUGGGAAGAGCGCUCACCUCUCAGUGCCAAUGCUUUUAACUCUCUGAAUGCCAGUGCAAGCCUGCCCGCUGCUAUGCCCAUAACUCCUGCUGAUGGACGAAACGAGGACGUGCGCUCCUUGCCAGGAGGAGGGGGGAAGCCAAAGAUCGCGGCCAGGCCCAACAGCCGCAAGGCCAAGUCGCCGGCGCCGGGCCUGUCCUCGGGCGAGCGGCCGCCCUCCGUCUCCUCGGUGCACUCGGAGGGGGACUGCAACCGCAGGACCCCCCUCACCAACCGCGUCUGGGAGGACAGGCCGUCGUCCGCAGGUUCGACGCCGUUCCCCUACAACCCGCUGACCAUGCGGCUCCCCAGCGGGGUGGUGACGGCAGCCCCCAGCGCCCCACUGCCGCAGGGCACCCCUGGCAGCCAGCACCACGCCUGGGACGAGGAGCCCAAGCCCCUGCUCUGCUCCCAGUACGAAACCCUUUCGGACAGUGAAUGAGAGGAGCCAGGGCCAUGGAGACGGCGACCAAACCCGGGGACAGGAGCGAGCAGGACGCCCGGGGCGAGCGCCCACCGCCCCGGCCCCGCCGGCUCUCACGAGCGAAGAUGCACAGGAGCAGAGCUGUUUUCAUUU